AUGGAACCUUUAAAAAAAGAAAAAAUAUCUUAUGCUGAAGCGUUCGCUGAAUUCAGGAAACAUGCAAAUCUAAACAAAGUGUACGAAGGAACAUAUGCUGAAGUGGAGAAAGGUUAUCUGGACCACGUGCAGCAUGCGAUUUCAAUUGGAUCAGGACCUGGAAUCAAUGAUUUGACUUUUUUGAAAAAAUUGACUCCAAAUUUGACUGACUUCACCGCCGUUGAGAUAAAUAAAUCUUGUUUGGAUGAAUUAUCAGAUAAUUUAAAAAAGUUUCUUCCCCGCAAUGUUAACGUGAAAAUUCACUUUGGGGCUGCCCAACAUUGGAAAGGCCCUGAACCAGGGGAGUCCAAAGCUGAUCUGGUCCUCAUGUUUCACGCCUUGUAUUAUUUUAACAAGGAUGAACGAAACGUACGACGCAUAAUUUUAUUAUCGAGCUAUUUAUUGUUUAUGGAAAUAAAUGUGGUCCAUGAUAUAUAUGAAAAAGUUAUCUUUAGCAAAUAA